GAAUUGUGGCCCGGGAACGACAUGCGCGCUCCGAAGGCUGAGGAGGCGCUUGAGGCGGCCCUGGAGAGAAAGCCACUGCUGAGAGAGGAUGUCCACAAACUGAUGUCCAAGAUCUUCUGGAGCGUCGCCCUCAUCACCUGCUCCGCUGCUUUGAUCUCGUACAACAAGUACUUGAUCCAUCCAACUCGGUUUCCAUAUCCUGUCGUGCUCGUGUUUCUGCACAUGCUCGGCGGCUCUUUGCUUAGCUCGAUCCUCCUGGCGACGAACCCCACCCUCUUCCCUGCGCUGACGGAUCCAAACAAGAAGGCGGAUCUCAGCCCGAACUACCUGGCCAGGCGUGUUCUGCCUGUGGGCUUGUUCUUCACCACCUCCCUUAUUCUCAGCAACACGGCGUACCAGUAUGCCAGCGUUGCUUUCCUCCAGAUGGUGAAGCAGAGCAACGUGAUCAUCGUCUUCCUGUUCUCGCUGAUGCUUGGCAUUGAGCAGUUCCGACCGCGCAUGGCUCUGGUUCUGCUAUGUGUCAUGUUGGCGACCACCUUCACUGUCCAUGGGGAAGUGAACUUCUCGCUGACAGGGUUCCUCGUCCAGCUGUCCUGCAAUUUUGCGGAGUCUGCGAAAGUGGUUCUUCAAGGAGUUCUCCUGGCUGGCGCGGGUCGCAAGUUGGACCCCUUGUCCUUCGUUGCCACGGUGGCGCCCAUGUGUGCGGUUUGCCUGGGAGGCAUUCUCCUCCUGCAGCCUCACGUCCAGGGAUUAUCAUGGAUCUCGAUGCCAGCCCUGGAAAACCUCCAUGCAUGUGGUUAUUUGCUCGCAGGCAACAUUCUCUGUGCCUUCGCCCUGAACCUGGUCAUCGCGAACUACUUGAAGCAUGGCUCACCUCUAUCCUUCCUUCUCACCAACCUGGUCAAGGAUGCCAUGAUCGUGAUCGUCAGCACUGCCACCUUCGGAGAGCACGUCAGUCUACAGCAGAAGUGUGCCUUCAGCGCACAACUCAGUUUCAUCGCGCUGUGGUCGCUCAUGAAGGGCAACCCGGAAGACUUCGACAAGUAUGGCUUCGUCGGUGGUCUGGUGGGCACCCUGCGAUCCAUGACGACCUCCCGAGCCGCAUAG